UCUCGCGUCGCGUCGCGCCACACCUCGUCUCCACUUGACGCGACGCAACAAAAGUAGCUACAACAGUCAACACAGCCGCCUAAUACAGUCUUGUAGUUCAUAACCGGUAGUGUUGAUUCUAAAGGGAGCGUUGUAGUUCUGUCGCGUCGCGUCUGUUUAAUACCUUCUCUCUCAAGUGUGUGAUCCAGUCAGUCACUCCUCCUACAAACAACCCACAGAGAUCAAACCCACCCGAGUCUAACGCGUGGAUUGUGUGGACGACCGCUGGACGGAGCACGGCGGUGCUGCUUCUCAGUACAGCGUUGUGUAUGACGAGCUUUAUUGAUAGAACAGUUUAUUUGCCAUUUGUGCAAUGCUUGGAAACAUGCGUGUUAUUGAAGGAAUAAGAAGUGUCGGCGCGUGAAUAUCCUCUGAAUGACAGCAUGGCUAAACGAAGCACACUAUUCAUCAGGAUUGUGGAAGGAAAGAACCUGCCAAUCAAGGACAUAACUGGAAGCAGUGAUCCAUACUGCAUCGUGAAAAUUGAUAACGAGGCAAUCAUUCGGACAGCAACAAUAUGGAAGACAUUGUCUCCGUUUUGGGGUGAAGAAUACACCGUCCAUCUUCCUCCCUACUUUCGUACGGUGUCUUUUUAUGUCCUGGAUGAGGACUCUCUCAGCCGAGAUGAUGUCAUUGGGAAGGUGUCAAUCAGCAAGGAGCUUCUCACUGCUAAACCUCAAGGUGUAGAUGGAUGGAUGAACCUAACAGAGAUUGACCCAGAUGAGGAGGUGCAAGGGGAGAUUCACCUCCAGAUUUCGGUGCUGGGAGAUGGAGAUAUUCCACAAAAACUGUGCUGCCAAGUCCUGGAGGCGAGAGAUCUUGCCAAAAAGGAUCGCAAUGGGGCUUCUGAUCCUUUUGUCAGAGUGAGAUACAAUGGCAAAACAUAUGAGAGCGCGGUGGUUAAAAAGUCCUGUUACCCACGGUGGAAUGAAAGUUUUGAGUUUGAGCUGGACGAGACGCUUUCUGACACUGGCCUUUUGAGUGUGGAGGUGUGGGACUGGGAUCUGGUCAGCAGAAACGACUUUCUGGGAAAGGUCCUGUUCAACAUCAACAAGCUUCAGUCUGCCCAGCAAGAGGAGGGCUGGUUUCGCUUGGGGCCUGACAAAUCCAAACACAGUGAAUAUGAAGGAACUCUGGGUUCCUUGCGUCUGCAGCUACGGCUUCGAGACGAGGUCGUGUUGCCAUCCAGCCAUUACAAGCCACUCACAGAGCUACUCAGCCAGUCGGUCGGCUCUCAGCUCAACGGCAACUGGCCUGAUUUCAUCAUGCUGAUUGAUGAGACCACUACAGCGGAGAGCAGACAGGAAGUAGCUAAUAAUCUAGUGAAGCUGUUUUUGGGUCAAGGGCUUGUCAAGGAGUUUUUGGAUGUUCUGUUCAAACUGGAGCUGGAAAAGACUACUGAACCCAACACAUUAUUCCGCAGUAAUUCAUUAGCAUCCAAGUCUAUGGAAUCAUUUUUGAAGGUGGCUGGGAUGCAAUAUCUACACAGGCUUCUGGGCGCGAUAAUAAACCGAAUCUUUGAAGAAAAGAAAUAUGUAGAAUUGGACCCAAGUAAAGUAGAACUGAAAGAGGCAGGGUGUGCAGGUUUGCACCGUCAGCAGACAGAGUCUGAUAUCAUUCAGCAGAGCACCAUCCUCCUGCAGUCGUACCUGUCUGAGCUUCUCACCUCCAUCCGGCAGUCGGCCUCCUACUGCCCCCUGCUCAUCUGCCAGGUUUUCCAUCAACUCUACCUCAGAGUUCAGGAGCGCUUCCCUGACCCAGAGUACCGGAAGGUGAAGUUCAUUGCUGUGACCAGCUUCCUGUGCCUGCGGUUCAUCUCUCCUGCCAUUAUGUCUCCAAAACUAUUUCACCUUCGAGAGAAACAUGCUGAUGCCCGUACCAGCCGCACACUUCUGCUACUUGCCAAAGCCGUGCAGACCAUUGGGAAUAUGGACACUCUUGCAUGCUGCUCUAAAGAGCCGUGGAUGGUCUGCUUGCAGCCAGCCAUACAGCAAGGCAUCACCCAACUCAAAGACUUCAUCAAUAAACUGGUCAACUGCCACGAUUCAGAGGAUCUUGAGCUUCAGACACGAAUGAGUCUCCAGUGUGGCACUAUGGAGAAAGAAGGCUUCCUCUUCCUUCACAGGACCAAGGACAAGUGCAUGCCCAUGACUUCACCCUUUAAGAAGUACUAUGUCACGCUCAGUAAAGACACUCUGUCGUACUCGCGGACGCAGCACUCUAAAAAGAGCUCGUCUAUUUCGCUGCCAAAGAUCCGGGCCGUAGAGAAGGUGGAGGAGAAGUGCUUCGGCAGUGCCAACGUCAUGCAGAUCAUCUCAAGUGAAGAUUCUGGCCUGCAGGAGACCCUGUACCUCGACUGCAAAAGUGUAAACGAGUUGAAUCACUGGCUGUCAGCUCUGAGGAAAGCCUGCAGUCACAACACAAAUACUAUGAGCUGCUAUCAUCCGGGCAUCUAUAAAGCAGACAGAUGGAGCUGCUGCCAUCAGAAGGAGAAAUCAGACCCAGGCUGUGAUAAAACCAGGCAUGGAGUGACCCUGCAGGAGUGGUAUGACCCACUGGACCCAGAUCUGGAGGCUCAGCUCAUCUAUCAACAUCUGCGUAGUGUCCAGCAUGCCAUGCGAGAUAAGUAUUAUAAGUUGAGAGAGCAGCAAGGAGUUAAGGAAGCAGAUUCAGUAAGAGACAUGAAGAAAGUAGAUGGACUAUCAAAGCUCUUCAGUGUUCUCCAAGACCUGCAUGAUGCUCAUGCGGCGGUGGAGGAGGAGGAAAGGUCAAAGAAUAAAAAUGUUUUCUUGGAGUUACAAACGUAAACAAAAGGACUUUUGAACUGGUUGCAUUUCAUACUAUAAUUCACCGAGUCACCGAGCUCAUACGCAGGCUUCAAACCUGCUAUUAUUUGACACAUAGAUGAGAAAAGAAAUACUGUACAGUAAGUUGGAUUUGUUCUUGUAUUCUUUUGAACCGAUUCUUGAUGGUUAGAUGGAUAUUUAGAGGGCUGCGAUCACAAUCCCUUUAUUAAAGGAUAGUUGUGCUGUAUUUGCUAAAUAUUUGGUAUUAAGGACAGUGGUGAUUCAAGUGGGUUGCUAACUCAAAACUGUGUCUUGUUAGCAUUUCUGCAGCUUUUACAUGUAUUCCAACAAAACUUUUUCAACAUUAACUUCGCACAUUAAUCAGCAUCGGUCCUUCUUUAACGUGCUUUUGACUUUACAAAGCACCGUGGAUAUGCAUCUUAUAGCUCUUCCACCGUGUCAUUUUUCAUUAAAUCAGUCUUAUUAGAAUGUUUAUAUAGAUUUUGAAGACGUUCGUUUUUCAUUUCUUUUUUAAAUCUGUAGGUUGAUGGCAAGAGGAGAAUUUUAUUCUUGGAUUUGAAUACCGUGUAAAGCUAAGUCUCAAUGCCUUGUCUGUAUGUGUCAUGUUUUGUUGUUAUGUCUUUUUAUGAUAUGAACUGUAAACCAUUAUGCAUUGUGCAUUUCACAAAAACUGUGUAUUCCUGUCACUUUUAAAUGUGGAACGUUACUUUUUUUCCUGAAAGGUGGCGAUGUUUAGUAUUUCUCCACUAGGUGGCAUAACAGUGUUUCUUAUUGUUCAUUUGAAUUUAGGCCUCAUUUUCAGUACAAGAAGUGCUUAUAAACACACACACACACACAUUUAAAUAAAUAAAAUCUUUAAAACUAA